AUGAAGUUAGUGAAGACUUAUACCCCUCCUUUGCCAUACCUUCAGAGGUUACAAAAGGAGAUCAAAGACCAACAGUUCCCUAAGUUCCUAGAAGUGUUUAAGAAGCUGGAGAUCAAUAUUCCACUUGCUGAAGCUCUAGAACAAAUGCCUCUGUAUGCAAAAUUCCUCAAAGAGCUCAUCAAUAAGAAAAGAAGCUGCAACAGAACAUUGGACAAAGCUCUCUGUGACCUAAGAGCCAACAUCAAUUUAAUGCCCCUCUCACUAAUGAAGAAGCUUGAAAUAAAUGAAGUCAAGGCUACCAUGAUGUCACUCCAAAUGGCUGACAAAUCACUCAAGAUACCAAAUGGGGUUAUAGAAAAUUUAUUAGUGAAGAUUGGAGAAUUCAUUUUCCCUGCUGACUUUGUUAUCCUGGACAUGAAAGAAGAGGGACAUAGUUCAAUCAUAUUGGGAUGGCCUUUCUUAGCAACAGCAAGAGCCAUUAUUGAUGUGGAGAAAAGAGAGAUGACCCUCAGGGUGCAUGAUGAAAAGAUGAUCAUCAAUGUCUUCAAAGACAUGUAG